UCGUAAGAACGUGCGGGCCUGUGAGAGCUUUCACUACAACUCCAGAGACGACAAAAGAGGACCGAAAUAUGCACUCCAUAAGCGGGACACGAGUUUAUUUUCGUUGACUCAGAAGUUUCUGACUUUGACUCCGCUGAAGACUGAGAGUCUGAGACUCACUGCAGUGAGAAUCAAGAAAGAAAGAAAGAAAGAAAAAAAGUCACAACAAAAACAGCUUACAAGUCGUGCAGGUGGUACACGUUGUUUGCCGGGGAACCGCAUCAGAGCAAGACUCACCUUCCGGAUCUUCCCGUCUCACCUGAGCCUGACCAGAAAGAGUAAAAUGUCUCUGGAGAGUUACUCUGCGCUGGAUGAGCCCUCUCUCCGAGCCUUGCUGGAUGGAACCGUGGAUCUGGACGAGAGACGCCUCAUCCGUUCAGCCAUCCGGGAGCUGAGGAGGAGGGAGAUCGAGGACAUGGAGGCCGCUCUGGCCAGCAAGAGAUUUCGUCCAACGCGCCUCAAACAACAGGAGGACAAGGAAAACCAGCACAGGUCAGAAUCCAGUGACAACUUGGAAGCCCUGUCACGAAAACUGCAAUCAAUCAAGGACAUCGAUGAGCUCACGAAAAUGCUCCGUGCCGCCAGCGAGUAUGAGGAGAGGAAGCUUAUCAGAGCAGCCAUCCGACAAAUCCGAGACGAACAGCAGCAAGGGACUGUGGAAAAGGUUAAAGCUCCUGGUCGCUGCCUGGAUCCUGAGAGUGUGGAGCCCCAGGGCAGCAUGGGAACUGGAGAGACAGAACGGGAGAAUCGCAGUGAACGAGAGCGCACCAGAUCUCAGAUCCGGGAGUUACACGGCCAGCAGACCCAACAAAGCCGAGAGCAGAGAAGAGGCUCCAACUCAGGCAUGGUGUUGGUUCUCGAUCACCUGGUGAAGGAUGAGGGCUCUGGACCUCUGCUGAUCCAGCCUCAGAGAGAGGCUGUGACCACAGAGCCUGACCUGGUCCUGUCUCACCGUCAAAGGUCAGACUCCUCAGCUUCAGACCGCAGUGUAACCUCGGUGCUUUCCAGGUCCAAUCUGGAUUCUGUGACCUCAGAGAAGAGUCUGGGCUCAGCCUACAGAGCCCGGCUAGACUCUGGAGCCUCAGACAGGAGCCAGAGUUCCUCCCAGCGCGGUAGGCUAGACUCUGGGGCAUCAGAGCGAAGCAUCAGCUCCCAGUCUUACGUGAGACAGAGACUGGGUUCAAAUGUUUCCGACUCAGGCGUCAGGCCCCGUUUGGGCUCUGGUGCUUCAGAUAGUGUUGGUCUUCUGUCGAGGAAACGGACUGACUCAGGGACAUCUGACCAGAGCGUGAGUAUGUCCUCUGAGGAGAGGGGUCCAGGGGAGGAGGUGGAGAUAGCCACAAGUGGUUCAACUUACAGCACAGAUUCAGAAACUGAGAGUAGAAGCCAAGGUCCAGGCAACCUCCAGAAUCAGUCCCACGACAACCACAUCGUUGACGAGGAGCAGCCCGAUGGGGCCAUUUUAUCUCGGAGCAGUCCUGCAAAUGACCUGCUCAGUGGCAGCACCAAGGGAAAAAUGGACAUCCAGAAACAAAAGAUAACAGUUAACAGGGAUCUUCCCCUCAGUCAUGACAAAGCAAAGGAUUCUGCACCUGAGAAGAAAGAUGCCAAAUUGGAACAGGUCAGUUCCACCAACUCCAUACGUGAUCGAAUGCGCAAGUUCACAGAGCCCAGCCAGAGCCCAAACGUCCCAGCUUUGAAGAAGGCUUCUCUGAGGAAUGGGACAACCUCCGGCAUCAGUGGCCAGGCAUACCUCUCCAGAGCUACUGAGCUGUUCACACACACAGCAGCAUCCCUCAACACAUCUGGAGACUCCACAUCUCACACCCUUGCUGCAUCUCAGAGUCAGGCCACACCUCAGCCAAGAGGUGGGGCUAACAAACCCCUGUCUUCAGCUAGCCAGUCGCAGAACUCCGUGGGUGGGACGAAGCAUUCAGCUGAAAAAGAUGUGCACGCCUUCAGUAACUCAAAGGAAGACAGGACCCCAGGGAGAGCAGCUGGACAGCAGGUCACCCAGGGAGAGGCAGACCCAGACAUGAAGACUUUCCUCACCAUUGAAAUCAAGGAUGGGCGCACCACCACCUCCUCUACAUCCUCCCCUAGGGGCAACAUCGUCCCCAUCACCAGCAUGACCCCACGCAUCACCCCUAAUGUUCUGGGGCAGAGAGCGGACUUAACACUCGGCCUAAGAGCUACGCCAUUCAAGAUCACCUCAUCCAGCUUUUCCUCCGGAUCCUCCAUCAAGAUGGAGACAGAGCCUGUUAUGGCCUCUGAGCCGGUGUUUUCAGCUGGACCGUCUGUACAGAUGGCGUGUCAAGUCCCAGCCAUCCCCAAUGGCUCCAGCACUCUGGCCAAACCUGACGAGCGCUCUGGAAAACUGACUGCUGAACAGCUGGCUGCUAUCGAGGAUGAAGAGCUCCUUGACAAAAUGCUCGAUGAGUCAAAAGACUUUGAGGAGAGGAAGAUGAUCCGUGCAGCCAUGAGAGACCUUCGCAAGAGAAAGAGAGAGGCCAUGCUGGGAUGUACUCAAGAGGAAAUAGACCAGAGAGAAAAGGAACGCGAGACCCGUCUGCAGGAGCUCCGGCAGCAGAGAGAAGAGCGUUCGCAGAAAGGUCGCGCUGGAGUCGGAGCAGGAGAGGUGGUGAUGAGGAAGGUGGAGAAGUCAGCAGAUGGCUCCACGCUCAGUCAAGUCACAAAGACAGACCGCUUUGCUCAGUCUGAUGAUGGGAGCAGAUCAUCACGCAGCACUGUGGUUGAGGCCAGUUAUGUGCAGAAAACAGAUAGAGGGACAGUCCAGUCGAAAUCAUACAGCUUCACCUCUUCCUCUUCCUCUUCCUCCUCUAACACAAGCAAAAAAGUGGGCAGUGUCUUUGAUCGUGAGGAUGACACAUCCACCCGCAGCGGCAGCGGCGGGUUGGCUGCCGUGGAGCGAAGGCAGGCGGAGAGGCGCAAGGAGCUGAUGAGGGCUCAGACUCUGCCGAAGACCUCUGCCAUGCAGGCCCGCAAAGCCAUGAUAGAGAAGCUGGAGAAGGAGGGAGGCGGCCCUGGAAACCAGGCAGUCGCCAAGGUAAACAAGGUUCAGCGUUCCACCAGCUUUGGUGUACCCAACGCAAACUCCAUCAAGCAGAUGCUGCUCGACUGGUGCCGUGCCAAGACCCGCUCAUAUGAGCAUGUGGAUAUUCAGAAUUUUUCAUCCAGUUGGAGCAAUGGCAUGGCGUUUUGUGCCCUGGUGCACAAUUUCUUCCCUGAAGCCUUUGACUACAGCUCCCUCAGCCCCAGCAACCGCAGGCAAAACUUUGAGGUGGCCUUCAGCACUGCAGAGAAACUAGUGGACUGUCCCCAGCUGUUGGAUGUGGACGACAUGGUGAAGAUGCGCGAGCCAGAUUGGAAGUGUGUGUACACGUACCUGCAGGAGUUCUACAGGGGUCUGGUGACGAAGGGCCUGGUUAAAACCAAAAACUCCUCCUAGAGUUGCACCCCACCUAAAACCAAACCCAUGGACCUAUGCCAACUGUAUGCCUUUGCUGGAAGUGGAGGACAUGAUGAUCAUGGGUAACAAGCCCGACUCCAAAUGUGUCUUCACCUACGUACAGUCCCUGGUCAACCACCUGCGCAGAUACGAGAUGUCCAUGGGUCGGUCCUGUGACCUCUGACCUGUGCUCAGUGAGCUCACAGGCCCCCCUCCUCCCCACUCCCCUUACCUUCACCAGCCCUGACCCCUCCCCUGCUCCAUCGUCACCUGAUGACCGCCACCACUCUGAUAGGCUGGGUCACAAGAGUUGCACAUCUUUGAUGGAGAAGUUGGGGACAAUGUGUGUGUGUGUGUGUUUGUGUGUCAGUUUGCUUAUUAUCUAUGUUGGCAGCGGUGAUGUGUUUUCAUUAUUUUAGUUCUCAUCUGGACACACAUUGUCAACACAUAUCCCACCUUUCUCUAGCAAGAGAGCGCCAAAGUUUUUAUGAGACUACCUUUUAAGCUUUAAAGUUUUAGAUAUUUUACUUUUUGUAGUCAAACUCGGUUUUGUAUCAGGUGAUAUUUAACAUACAGUAUCUGUGUCACUACACUAGUGUGCUGAAAAACACCUCAUGAGAAAAAAGAGAAAUAUUUUUUAAAUAGCAUUUCCCCUUUUAAAUUAUUUAUACCUACAUUUUCUCUGCUCCAUUUUUGUAAUUAUUGUAAUUUCUUAUCAUUGCUGUUCGUAAUUGACGAAGAAACAUAUAUCCCGUCCAAUAUAUGAUGCAUUAUUUGAUCUUCACUUUGGUACUUUUUCGUUUUUAUCAAACUCUGGUUGCUUUAUUAAGUUAUUAUCAUUCUCAUGUUGAAAUAAUCAAUAAGCAUAUUACUAUUUAAUGCACAAGCACAGGGAUGUUCUUUCUUCAUUGUUCAAAUGGACUCAACAUUGUUUUGCUGUUCUUAUGUUUGAGUCCAGCGCUGAGUAAUCUGACCUUUCUGAACUCUACAGUGCUACUGAGAACAUGUUACAGACUUUUUGAACAUUGCACCCCUCCUGUAUAUCAUUUUAAUAUUAUUUUAAAAUCUAGAAUAUGUGCAGUUCAGGUUUUUUUUAUACAGAUAGGAAAAAAAAAACACUAGAGGAGUGGGUUGCAGGCUGAUAUCAUACAGCUGAAUUGUAUUAUUACUUGAUGUUUCUCACUGCUUGACUAACAGCAUAUGUACAAAAAAAAACCCUUCGCAUUGCUGCCAUCGUCACCCAGCAUCACUGCCACACCCUGCCAAACACACUCACACACAGCUCGUUUAGAGGGCUCCUUAUUUAUGCUUGGAUAGAUAUUUUUUUGGGGAUAUAUAUCAUUUUUUAUUUUGUUUCGUGUGUACAUUAUAAUUUCAAAAGUUUUUGUUUAAAGUAAGUCAGUAAGCUCAAGUUAUAACUAUGUUUUGUGAAACAAAAUUGGUGUCACUUUUUGGACAAGUUCAUGGGCCUGAUGAAAGCCGGCUUUCAGUUUAAACGUGAGUAAUCAUAACUGAACAUAGCUGCCAAUUGUAUAUUUUACAACAUGAAGCUAAGGAAAAUUUUUUGAUUUAAAAUUUUUAUUCUGCUUGUAAAAUUAAGAUUCCUUUGAGAAGAUGUCUAAAAUUUGGUUUCAGAGCUGAUUUUGGUGAAACUUAUUUGUUAAAGCUCUGUGUCAGUAGAUUUAGAGAAAUUUAUCGGAGAAUUAUUCCACUGCUGCCAACUGAAAAAUGAAUACCUUCCACCAAGCAGUGACUGCUGUAUAUAAGCUUAAACACCUUGUAAUUUCAUGUUUCUGUGCACCACAGUUAAAUGUGAAUUAACAAUUAAACCAUUUGAGAGACGAAUGCGUUUGUGGGGGGAUUA